GCGGUUGAUCCAAAACAUCUGGGCGCAAACAUUUCGCAACUAUUUCAUUCUGUGGGGAAAGGAAGUAAGGUGAAUAUGUAAGCUAAAUAGCCUUUAUAAAAUAUUUUAGAUGUUUGACUCGAGACUAAGUUAAUGAAGAAGCCUAAGUAAAAGUUAUAGGGGGUAGCUGGCAUUGACUAAAUCGGUGACUUGCUGUUAGAGUGCGAGUCUUGCUAAUCUUGUAGCAAGCCCUAUGUUUGAUCUCCAACGUUUGGCAAUAUUGACAAGGAAGCAGGUACUGCCUGGAAACCAUAUUAACUGCACAUGUGAAUUGGCUCGAACAGAUCCGUCGUGUCUGAACAGUGUGAUUUUAAAUCAUAAGAAGGUCAUAAAACUAAACCGCCUCCAGGACUUUAUAUUAAUUCCACAAAAUGGCCAGCGCCACCAGUCCACCUACUCACCUGAUGCAAGUUGGACCUGCAGCCUCUGAAGCAGAGAGGGUUGUAAUUAAUGUUGGUGGCGUGCAACAUGAAACUUACAAGAGCACCCUCAUGUCCAUCCCAGGCACACGCCUCGCCAACCUAGCCUCUGACACCAGUGCUGACCCACAGAAACAUCCGACCUCUGAGUUUUUCUUCGACCGGGACCCGGGAGCGUUCGCCCCCAUCUUAAACUACUACCGCACUGGGAAACUGCACUGCCCGGCAGAUGUAUGCGGUCAGUCGUUUGAAGAGGAGCUUUCCUUCUGGGGAGUCAGUGAAACCGACGUGGAGCCGUGUUGCUGGAAAAACUUCCGACAGCAUCAGGAUGAAGAGGAGGCGCUGGCUCAGUUUGAGCCGGACGAGGGACCCCCAGACUACAGCAUCCUGGUGGGGGGGCCGGGGAGGAUGCAGACAUCUAGAGUUUGGAUAUCAAAGAUGUGGGCCCUCUUUGAUGAUCCCCAUUCAUCUGUGCCAGCCAUGAUCAUUGGCAUCCUCUCAUUGCUCUUCAUCCUGGUGUCCACAAUUGCUUUCAGCCUUGGGACCCAUCCGGAGUUCCCAGAAGUCUUGGGGCCAAUGUUCUUAAACGUUGAAUAUGAAUACAGUGAGGGAGAGUAUGAGGUCAGCAAUUACCAAACAAAUUCUAUAAUGAUAGUGGAGAUCGUCUGCAAUAUCUGGUUCACCGUUGAGUUCUUGAUUCGCGUCAUCUGCUGCCCAAAGAAGCUUAAGUUCGUCCUGAACGUCCUGAACAUCAUUGACUUUGUGGCCAUCCUGCCCUUCUUCAUGGAGGUGAGUUGGCGCGGGAUGAUGUCCGGGACCACGUUGUUCUUCCUGGGAUGUCUUCGUGCAGCUCGCUGCAUUCGACUUGUGCGGAUCUUCAAGAUGGCGCGGUGCGUGACGGCAGUUCGGGCGCUGGGGCAUGCGCUGCGGGCCAGCAUCUGCGACCUCUGCCUCCUGGGCAUCGCCCUGUCUGUGGCCCUCCUCGUGUUCUCCAUCCUGAUGUACUGUGCUGAGCACAUCACCAACGACCUCACAACUUUCAAAACUGUACCCAUGGCUCUCUGGUGGGCCGUGGUUACCAUGACGACCGUGGGGUACGGAGACAUGUAUCCAGAAUCGUGGCCUGCUAUGGUGAUUGCCAGUCUGUGCGCCAUGACAGGAGUCCUCUUCAUCACCAUGCCCAUCCCUAUCCUCGUCAACAAGUUUGCCAAGUACUACGCUCUGACAGAGGCCAGGCAAAGACGACGGGCCAAGAGGAGGAGGGGGGAUGGGCGAUCUGCGGGGGCCAGUGCCCCUGUCUGGAGGGGCAAGGAGAACCUCCACAGCAGGGUCAACCAGUCAGAGGAGGACACCAAGAGCAGCAGUGCAGGGGCAGUUUGAACGAGGAGGCCAUACACUGAUGGACAAGGUUGGCUCGCAUCACGUAGAGCACAGAUAAUGUUGAAUGGUCAACAACCCAAACCAUGUGUUUGAAGAUCACUCCCACCUUUACAAAAAUUAACUACUGUUUCCUGUCUUUAUACAGUAAACAUGGUUGUACAAUGGCAAAUCAUUGUGCUUAUGAUUAUUAUGCUCCUAACCAAGGUACUACUACUCUCCAUAGCACUUGUUAGUAGCCGUAGCACUACCAUGGUUUACCUAUAGUACUUCAUAGUAACUAUGGUACUACAACAGUUUUAAAGUAUAGUUUAGGAGUAAUUUGAACCUUUUUCACAAUGUCAAUGGGUCGAACACCCCUCGAGAGCUAGAUUACGCUGUUCAAAGGAGUACCGAGUUUGACCGGCAUUUGCACUUACAGCCCAAAUGGCUAACAGUGCAAGUAGGGUCCAUUUGCUAAACCACCAUUCCAAACCGCCAUUUUUUAAGCACUACUAAUGCUCAAAAUAGCACUACACUUUUGCAGUAGUAUGAAUAGGGUCCCUACACAUAAAACAAAGCAUCAAGAACUUAGUAAGUGUACCGGGAGCCUCAAAUUACUCUGGAAAUAUGCUUUAACAUGGCACUUUACGGUAACUAUGUUAGCAUUAUACUGUAUGGUAACUAUGUUACCAUGGUUUUGUACAACACAAUUGAUGAUGCUAAUUGGGUGUGAGGAACCAUGGUUUUUGCAUAGGCCAAUUUACCAUGGUAUUAUCUCGGUUUACUAUAAUCCAAACAGAAAGCUCUUUGGUCAUCCAUUAGUCAAUCGAUUAGUAGAUAAUUUUACAAAAAAUGAGGUCUCAAACAAAUCCACUUCGAUAAGAAGGAAGGAAAACUGGCUCAGUGGAAGUCUCACAGCUUAAACAUUUAAUAAGAGAUUACCUCCAGAUUUAGGAGUGGCUCAACACAUGAGAUGGUUUAGUGUUGUUGAUGGAUUAAUGAAGUCCCAGACAACAGAAAGAGUUAUCAGCCUCAAGAGUAAAGAGAAACUAAUGAAAAAGUAGUAGUGUGUUUUGUGUUGACAAAUAUAGCAUUGCUGAUCACAAACCUGAGGAGACCAUUUCAAAACAACAGCGAACGCCAAUAAAAAACAAAAACAAAUUCAUCUGCAGUACGUCCAUGUGUGGAUGUUCACAAGUACUUAUGUUUAGUAUUAUUGUCAGCUGGAAACCGGAAAAGUGGAUGAGGAUCUUUAAGACGAUGUUAUGUUUUGUUUUUAUUCCUCCAUGUUGGCGAUAGCCAUGUCUGUACGUACUGUAUGUCUGUCCGUCCUGAUCACGUGCUUCACAUUUGGUAUGAAUGUUCAAUUGGACUCACAAAUGAACUGAUUAAAUCUUGGAGGUCAAAGUUUAAGGUCACUGUGACUACAUAUGUCCCAUUCUCAUGAACACGAUAUCUCAAGAACGCCUUGAGGCACAUUCUUCACAUUUGGUAUGAACGUUCACUUUGACUAAAAGAUCAACGAGUAUUUUCCACUCUAUAAUCCAUGUAUCAAAUGCCUCACCACACAAAUGUAUGUCAACCGGAAAUAGCCUACACAGCUUUGCAGAGGUAUACCAGCGUAACGCAGUAAUUCUAGUUUUUAAUUUAAGCAGACCAUCUCACUCACAGCUGUAAUAUAGGUGUACUAUAUAAACAAAUAUCUGAAACGCAUCCCAUUCCAAGUGCUGGAGUCUAAAAGGUCAUAGUUUAACAGACUACAUUUACUCUGAAAAUCAGCUAACAAGCCGGACAAUGUCACUUUUUACCCAUGUUUAUUAUCCGACCACGUAAUGUUAUCCAAACUAAAAUGUUUAACAUUUCGGUAAUACUUUACUUGACAGUAUCGACAUAAGAGUGACAUGACACAUUAACCCUAACCCUAAUCUCAACCUUUAACCCUAACCCUAACUCAUACCCUAACCAGAGUUUCCACUAGGAAAAAAUGGUGCCAGAGGUUUCGUUUUCCGGACAUUUUGAUGAUAUGCCGGUCAAAUGUCCUAUUAUCGUUACCUAGUCAAGUUGAGGAACACUGGAGACAGGCUAUGUAGCUUAAAGAAUGACAUAAUCAGGCUGAA